AUGUCUCAGUCUCAGAGGAAAAGAAAAGCUUCAGCGCAGGAUGUUCCUCACAAAGACCCAGAAGAAAGUACUCCUGAGACUCAUCAAGGAAGACUAGAACCAUCUGCACCUACUCACCGUAUAGGCCAGGAGAGUUUCAAAGUGAAGGUUUCGAAAUCUAUAACUGCUCUCGCUUUGAGCUCAGAUCACAAGUUGGUUGCAAUCGCACUUGAGAAAUGCAUCAACAUCUAUACACGAGGGGGCGGCACUUUCCAGCUGGUUGAUGAAUUCGGAGAAGAGCCAUCGAACAUCUUGCAACUUUCCUUUGCACCGAAUGCCACAGUAGCUGGAGGAUAUAUUCUUGUUUCAUCAUCAGAUCACAUCAAGCUUUGGUAUCUCAACAACCAAGGGACAAUUUUAGAUCCCUCUGGUGGUCGGAAAGUCGACAUUUCCCAGCUAUCGACCGAAGCAGCUAGCGGAAUAACUGUGAAACUUAUGGGUAACCACUGGUGGAAGUCGAACGAACCAGCAAUCUUAUCAAUUCAACAAGGGAUCAAAGACACAUUGAGUAAAGCUUUAGAUAUCCAUACGAGCGAGCGUCAGACCAAGCUGGAAGGAAACACUGCGCUCUUCAGUCCGGACGGGAGGUUCAUGUUAUGCUUCACCCAGGCCGAAUUGGGUGAGACCACACAAAGGCGUCCUUCAAGGAUUAUAGUCUGGGAUGACAUAACCAAACAGCCUCGAUACGAUCCACUCGGUCACUCGGUCGGUAUUUUGUGGGCCGGAAUAAGUCCAGACUCGAAACUUAUAGGAGCCAUUGAGAUGAACAACACAGUUCGGAUUUGGCUCGCCGAUAGUGGUAUCUGCAAGAACUCUUUUGUGCUCCCACACAAUCCUGAGGCAAUGAAUGGUGCAUUCUCCCCGGAUUCCAAACAUAUUGCCCUAAAUUUCGGUGCUAUUUGUUGCCCAUCAGAGAUACAAAUCUUUGAUAUCACUACAGGAUCCAGGACAUCCCGGUGGAAGUGUCUGGAAUACAAUAUUGAAUCUAUUGCGUGGAGCCCGAAUGGAAACUUACUGGCUACUGCGGGCUACUUCGGUGAUUUCAGUAUUUGGGAUGUUACAAACGGGCUGGAAAGAAUGAAGUGGGUUGCAGAUCGACGUGGGGUGGAAGAUGAUCCGGAUUCCUACUUGGCUUCUGACAUACGGUUCUGUGAUGGUGGAAAGAAGCUCGUCUUUAACUGGAGUGGUGUGGCAACUAUGGUCUACGAUUUCGUAACCCUUGCUAUGCAUGAGUUUCCCCCAGGUGCGGCGGGUGUUAAAGGACCGGUGUGCUCUAGGAAUGCUGCGUUCCUCCUCAUUGCUCAUAUCGAUUCGACUUUAAGGCAGUGGAAGCUGGAUUAG